UGACGUCUUUGUUCAGGUCCUUUUGUUCGGAUGUAAUUAUUUCAUUAUCUUGGUGCACACGAGUGCACGUUCAGUCCCAGGUCCGAGGUGCUGCCUUUCGGACGGGUCGGCGGCGUGCUCUGGUACUGGGAAGAUUGGUUGGAAAGUGGUUUCUCGUGUAGUUUGUGAUAUUCAGACUCUUGUACCACAAAGUUGCCGUGUACCUUUGCUGGAGGAGUGGCGAGGUAAGGCGACCUCGACUCCCGGACAGGCUAGCCUGCGGGUCGCACCGUGUCUUCGGCAUUCUUACGAGACCGUCAGACGACACCACCGGAGCGGUACAACUAGUGAGAUGAAGUCGACUCUGUUUGUGGUCCUUCUUGGGACGUACGGGGUUCUUGUGCAGGCCGGAGCAAACCCAAAUGCGAUGGGAUUUCAAAAUUUCGGCUCCAGGACUGUAGUUGAAUCUGACCACGAAUCUCAAACAUGCGAGCAUCAAACGCUGGAGAUCACCUGUAGUGGUCGGAUCAAAAUCGUCCGUGCCAGCUACGGCCGCUCUGACUGGACCACCUGCGCCAACAAUCAGCCAGUCCGAACCAUACAUUGUGACGCUGCAAGGAGUUUGGCAAUCAUGCAGGAACAAUGUGACGGACAAACCUCAUGUUCGGUGGAUGCUUCCAAUAGCGUAUUUGGAGAUCCUUGUGUUGGAACAUUCAAGUACUUGGACGUGGGAUGGAACUGUUUGGAAGAAACGGGGCCUCCGGACAACAUCUACAAGAAGUUCAUGCUGGGAUUUAUCCAGAAUUUUGUGGCUAACCGCCCUGCCGAACUGUUCAUCGCCCCGGCCGGAGACGACCCCGCCACCGUCACGGUUAACGCUCCGCACGUGAGCCACACAGAAACAGUGACAAUACAACCUAACAACAUACAGAUGCUUCAGGUGCCAGCCGCUAUCAAAAUGACGGAAGGAGGCGUUAGUAACCGUGGAAUUGAGAUCACAGCUGACGUCGAUAUUGUGGUGUAUGGUGUGAACAAAGAAGACUACACUACAGAUGGGUUCCUUGGCCUGCCCGAAGAUGUCAUGAGUACAGAGUACAUCGUCGCGUCGUGGGGGGGAACCAGGAGUAUCCCCGCAGAGAUAGGCGUUGUGGGUCUCGAGGACGGUACUGAGGUGACAGUGAACCCAACAGCCCCCGUGCGCUUCAACAAUCGAUACAAUGGUGCCAGCAGACUCACCUUCAACUUGGACAGGUUUGACGCAGCCCAGAUUGUGAGUUACUGGGGUGAUUUGACUGGCUCCAAGGUGACCUCCAACAAGCCUGUAGCUGUGUUCAGUGGACACAGGUGCGCUAACGUCCCGGCCGGGACUGGCUGGUGCGAUCACAUCGUGGAGCAGAUGACAGCCGUGACCACGUGGGGAAAGACGUUUGUCACCAUGCCCAUCGCAGGGAGAACUGGCGGCGAUAUCAUCAGGAUAAUCAGCUCUGUAGAUGGAACUGAAGUCAACGUUCAUGGACAAAGCCCACGAACGUUAAAUGAGGGGCGGUAUUUUGACAUCGAGACUUCCUCUAGUGACUAUCUGAGCAUCAGUGCUUCUGAACCAAUUCUGGUAGUGCAGUACAACAAAGGCCAAGCGGCAGACGGGGUUCAGACUGACCCGUUCAUGAUGCUCAUCCCACCUGCGGAGCAGUACGAUUCCAGAUACACUCUCGGCACGGUGGACUCCCCGACCAACACUUACACCACUUAUAUAGGUGUGGUCAUUAAAACGGCUGAGCGCGAUGGCAUAAGACUGGAUGGCUCUGGGAUCACCCCAACUUGGACGGAGAUUCCAGGCAGUGACUACUCAGCAGCGGCCGUUCAGAUUGCCCAGGGAACCCACAACGUGCGGCACACCAACCCGACAUCCGUCUUCUCCGUGUACCUAUAUGGCCAUACCCCUUAUGAAUCUUUUGCAGCCAUUGGAGGGAGUCGGCUAUAUUUCUACGGGGACCCAUGUGACCCUACGGAAACUGUUUCUGGAGACGGGGUUGACAAUGACUGUGACAUGAAGGUCGACGAGGAGUUACGAAACGGGCUAGACGACGACGGCGACGGUCUUGUUGACGAAGAUUUGGCCUCAGAAGAAGGAGAUGUGGACGAAUGUGCUGAGAACACCCAUGACUGCGACGCCAACGCAGACUGCACCAACACGCACGGGUCCUACACCUGUCAGUGUAGACCCGGAUACACUGGGGACGGUCGCACCUGCGUCAUCGGUGAGGGCGUAUGUAAGUGCAACGGUGACACCCAUUGUUACACCUUUGACUCCCGACGGCACGACUACCAAGGUAUCUGCGAGUACAUCCUGUUUGAGACAGAUGGGUCCGGGGACUUACCAGCCCUCUCAGUCUACAUCUCAUUGGAACACAGGAAUGGAAGGACCCAUGUAUCGUACGUGUGGAAAGUGUCCCUCCUCAUCUAUGGAGUGAGAUUGGAUGUCCUACUGGCAAACAAGGUCCUGCUGUUGGAUGGCUCAAGAGUUAAUCUUUGCAGCACUCUUCCACACGGACUGACUGCGAGGUUUCGUGGGAGAGGUGUUAUUAUAAGGACCUCUUUUGGAAUGACCAUAAAGGUUUUUGGAAAAAGUGGUGUAAAGCUGAACGUGCCGGGCACAUAUCGUGGUACUUCCAGAGGCAUCUGCGGCAACUGGAACGGCGAUGCGAGUGAUGACAACCUGAAGCCCGAUGGGACAGCAGCAGCUAAUACACCUGAAUUCGGAGAUAGCUGGAUUUCACCAGCCGACUGCGGCACGACAACAACCCCAGUCGACCCGACCGAUGGUUGCGACAUCGCGAGGAUGGAAGCGCUCUGUAACCUCAUCCGUGACGCUGCAGGUCCGUUUGCAGCAGGUCAUGGCUCCAUAACACCAACUUCCAUAUUUGAAGACUGUGUGUACGAUACGUGCGCAACAGAUGGAAGUCCAGAUGAGGUUUGUGAAGCGGCUGCCUUUUAUGGUCUUGAGGUCCAGCUGGCAGGGGCAACUGUAUCAGUUUGGAGAACUGAAGUAUUCUGCCAACCAAACUGCCCCGUCAACAUGCAUUACCAACUCUGCGGGACGGCAUGCCCGGCUACCUGUACAGACACCGGCGCACCUGACGCGUGCGCGCAGCCCUGCAUGGAGGGAUGUUUCUGUGACGAGGGUUACGUGCUGUCUGGUGAUACCUGCGUGUCGAUUUUUGACUGUGGGUGCAUCCACGAUGGAUUCUACUACGAUGUGGGAACUACUUGGUUCACGGCAAACUGUGCGGAGCAGUGUACCUGUAACGCCAAAAACGACCUAACCUGUGAGCCUGUAAGCUGCCACGCCGACGCGUUUUGUGGCGCACAGGAACAAGUCUUCGGCUGCCACUGCAACGAGGGCUUCGUUGGCGACGGAAUUGAAUGCAGGCCACCGGGCCGCUGUCCGGCCGGGUGGACGGAGUACGGGCUGUCGUGUUUCCAGGUGGUGCAGACUGAGGUCACCUGUGACGAGGCCGGACCUUCAGCAGCAGCCAUGGAUGCCAGACUGGCUAUCAUACGGGACGAGGCGAUGCAUACGUUUGCUGCUGGAUUGAUGAGUGCUGUAAGUGAAAGUGCGACCUACUACAUCGGUUUGAGCGACCGGGUGUUGGAGCUAGCUUUCUAUUGGUCCGACGGCUCGUACCUGAGGUCCUACAACAGAUGGGGGGCUGGGUACCCUGGCGCUUGGGACCGGGACAACAACUGUGUCUUCUACUACUUCGCCAACGGUGCCUGGUGGUGGCGUGUAGGGGGAGGAUCGAUGUACUGCCUGGUCGAGCGUUACUUUUUCUGCCCAGAGGGUUGGCACAUGUGGGGCGGCAGCUGCUACUAUGCCUUCUCCUUCUCAUAUUCGUGGGACGAAACAUGGACGUUCCUGAACUCAGCCGAGAACUAUUACUCCAGCAUUGUGAUGAUCAACAGUCAGGAGGAGAACGACUAUGUCUACGACAUGGUUGGAAAUGGGUACCGAAUCGGCGCGUAUAGACGGAACGGUUACUGGUACUGGAGGUGGUGGUACCGGUGGUACCGCUAUUACUGGUGGUACUACAUCUACUGGUUCAACUGGCAGCCUGGAGAUCCUAACAAUGGUGGGGACUGUGCCGUGUUCAGUCCACAAGGUUUUUGGGAAGAUGACGAUUGUACCGGCGGUCGACCAUUCUGUGCUGAGAUGGAUAUAAAUGAGUGUAAUUCGAACCCAUGCGGUCCGAACUCCCGGUGUAUCAACCACCCUAACGGCUACACGUGUGAGUGCAUCCCGGGCUGCAUGGGAGAAGGCUGCAGAGCAUCCGGAAACUGCUGGGUUGUGACCGGCUCUCACUACUUCCAGUUCGACGGCAGCAGAGUGGACUUCCUGGGCUCCUGCAGCUACGUCCUGGCCCGGUACACAGGCAGCUCGGGACGGCUGACCAGAUUCUCGGUGACGUCAGGGAACGAGUACAGGGACGGGUUCACGGACGUGCCGUACCUGAGCUGGGUCUCCCUGUCUGUGGACGAAACCACCAUCACACUCCGCAGGGGAGGUGCUGUGGAGUUUAAUGGUCGACCAAGGAACACUCCAUUCUACGUUGGACGCACGAUGGCGGUGAGGCGCUCGGGAUACUUCGUUCGGAUAUCCACCACCUUUGGUCUGCUUGUGGAGUAUGAUGGCGAUCGUGCUGUUCACGUGGAGCUGAGUUCGGACUAUGGUAACGCCGUGGAAGGCAUGUGUGGAGACUUCAGCGGAGACGAUACCGGGGAUUUGGAGAAUCCUGACGGGGCUGAUGCUGGCAAUGCGGCGGCUUUUGGGGACAGCUGGCGUUCAGACGGAUGUCCGAGUGGAACCCCGAAUGUGUACCCAUGGGACGGAUGCGACACCAGUCCAUACGCUAGUACCUGCAGUAUAAUAACUGACACCGCUGGCCCCUUCGGUCCAUACCUUCAAGCACUCUUCGCCAACACGGUUUAUGAAGCUUGCCUGUUGGACCAGUGUGUCUCGAAUGGCGACGACGACCAGAGAUGCUCCAACAUUCAAACCUUCGCAGCCAUGUGUUCUUCUGUGGGCUGGGUGGCCGUGGACUGGGCAACUCCUGCAUCUUGUUCUCGCGACUGCCCUGCCAACAGCCAGUUCGAGACCUGUGCACCGAUCUGCCAGAGCACGUGUGCCGACUCGGAACCACAGCAAUGCGGGCGGUGUCGCGGGUCUUGUGUCUGCGACGAAGGUUUCGUGCUGAGCGGGAACGAAUGCGUUCCCCUGAGCGACUGUGGUUGUACAGAUGACAAUGGCGUCUACUACUCGAACAACCAAGUUUUCACGGACACAGACUGCUUGAGAAUCGGCACAUGUGCCAACGGCGAGAUAACCUACACGGACCUGACCUGUCAUGACUACGCCUACUGUGGCACCUAUGAGGGCGUGUAUGGAUGUCACUGCGAGAGCGGCUACAUAGGAGAUGGAGUGACAAGCUGUUCACUUGAUCCCGGAGACUGCCCAGAUGGGUUCGUGCCAUAUGCGUUCUCCUGUUUCAAGGUGACCACAGAUACAAAAUCCUAUGAAGACUGUGCCGCAGAGGCUGCAGCCGCUUCUGUAAACGGUACUGGAAGACUCGCCCUCAUCUCGGACCAGGGCACCCAUGACUUCGUGUCAACUCUUGUAUCCAGUGCCAAUGCUCACUGGUUUGGCCUCGACGACAGGAAUGUCGAGGGCCUGUUCACCUGGAGUGAUGGGUCUUACCUGGGUGCCUUCAACCUGUGGGGUUCUGGUGCACCUGGUGGUAAUGGCGACUGCGUGUCCUACCCUGCCGGUGCCUCCACAUGGCAGGACGCAGACUGUAGUGAUAAUGCAGCCUGCAUCAUCGAAAUACGUAACCCUUGUCCCUCUGGCUGGGUUGAGCGGCGGGGAUGGUGCUACAAGUACUUCCAAGGUGGCCGAAACUACGAGGGCGCUGGAGAGAAAUGCCUCGAAAAUUACGGCUCCGUCAUCACUACUAUCGCGGACUUCGACGAAAACACGUUCGUGUUGAACAAAGGCGGCCCUGGGUGGGUGUCAGGGGACGCGGGAUUCACGGGAUUCGAAGAUGAUGAUGACGACGAAGAGGGUUGCCCCUAUCAAUACCUCAGCUUUGGUGGCCAACAAGCCCAGACCGCUAUGGCAUGUGAACAUAGUGACCUGACUCUGACCUGCAGCGAGGGUUACGAAGUGGCCAUCGAGUCUGCAAACUAUGGCCGAACAGAUGGAACUACGUGCCCACACCAGGCCAUGUCAGACACCAACUGUUUGGAGCCUAACAGUGUAGCCAUAGUCAGGGCACCCUGCAGGGAUAGAUCGACGUGUACCAUCUCAGCUAGCAACAGUGUUUUUGGAGACCCGUGUUACGGAACCUACAAGUACCUAACAGUAGAGUUUUUCUGCAGGAAGAAGUCGGGUCUGUGGCGAAGGGAAUCAUGCCAACGGUGGCUUCCAUACACGUGUGAACUUGAUGUUAAUGAAUGUGCGAGCGGUGAUAAUGACUGUGACGACAACGCUGUGUGCAGCAACACUCCCGGCAGCUACACGUGCGCCUGUAAGAUAGGAUACACGGGAGAUGGCAUCAGCCCGGACAGUGGAGGCAGAGGAUGUGUCUCCCGCGGUCUCUGUACUGUUAGGGGGAACACGCACGUGAAUACAUUUGAUGGCCAUAGCUUUACAUACAAUGGAAAAUGCUAUUACAACUUGGCAGCAUUCUCCCAAAGAGUCGACGAUCUGACGAGAUGGCGGGUGGAGGUCAGGCUGAAGUCUCGCACCAACAGUUUGUCAUCAUCUAUUGACGAAGUAUAUAUCUACAUAGCCAACAAUGUCUACAGGUUCCUUCGGAAUGCUCCAGAAUAUAGCCGUUUUCCAAGGUGUAUGAGGAACAGAAUGGCCCAGAAUACACCAAACUACUUCGUCACCAACUAUGAUCCACGAAUCCAGAUUCACCAACGCGGAUUUAACUUUCAGUUAUCAACAGAAUUUGGACUAGUUGUCUCAUUCAACAUGAACCACCGCCUACAAAUUGUGAUUCCAGAAGCGUACAGAAAUGCAGGGGUGGCGGGCCUGUGUGGUAACUUUAACGGAGAUCAGAACGAUGACCAGACGACCAGUGGUGGCACCUUAGAAUCAGACGUGGUGACAUUUGCGGACAGUUGGAAUUCCCGACCAACCCAGACAUACUGUACAGACCCGACUCCGCCGACGACUCCGCUGGAUGGAUGUGACACCUCUCCGUUCACGAGUCUGUGCGAGGUGCUGACAGAUACCUCCGGACCUCUCGCUGCUGGCCAUGCCUUUGUGCAACCUCAGCCUGCAUAUCAGCGUUGUCUGUAUGACUUGUGCGCCGAGGGAACUGACUUCGUCUGUGGCGUGUACCAAGCCUACGUAGAAGACUGCGUCGCGUUUGGAGCAAGCUUUGGUGACUGGAGGACUCCCACAAACUGCCCGUACACCUGCCCAGAGAAUAGCCAUUAUUCCGUGUCCACAAGCCCGUGCAGGGCGACCUGUGCUGAGCCCGAUGCUCCCGCCUCCUGCUCAGUCCCUAACACAGAAGGCUGUGAGUGUGAUGAUGGGUACAUCUGGUCAGGCGAAGCGUGCGUGCCGUACCCGUCAGGCUGCGGCUGUCUUUUUGAUGGAACCUACCUUCAGCUUGACGAAUAUCGGGUGGUAGGAGACUGUGAGAUCGUGUGUCAUUGCUCAGCCCCCAAUGUGCAUACUUGUGAAGUACACGGAUGUAGCGAGAACGGGUUCUGCACGACUAGGGCAGGCCGCCGACAGUGUGUAUGCAACGAAGGCUUCAUAGACAACAGCGAACGUCAAGACGGCACUAUUUGUGAAUGGAACGCUUGUGAACCUGGCUGGGAGUUCCACGGCAGUUCAUGCUACCAAAUCCCUAGAAGACGCCAGAACUUUGCCAGAGCUAUUCGGUACUGCCAGAGCCUUCAUCCACAAGCUAUCCUCGCCAGAGUGCAUGACCAGGAGACACAUGACUUCCUCAUAAAGCUGAUACAGAAGACGGGGAAAACAAGGUUCAAUUUCCGGACUGGCCUGAGUGCUGAUAUUGUUCCCGGCAUCUAUCGGUGGUCGGACCAGUCCCCGUUCGGGGAUUUCAGGCCUUUCGUAGACGGUGAACCAGGAAACGCACCUCCGAACAAAAUCUGCGUCAGCUUUGCCCCUAGCAGCGGGCGAAACGCUGGCAAAUUGGAGUCUGUGUCUUGUUCGGGCGGACACCUGUUUGUGUGUGAACUCCCGCGAGUUUGCCCAGCACUGUAUCUUGCACAGGAACGGGUGGAAGGGGAGCCCUGGCUCUGCGAAAAGAUAAACUGUACGGACUUUGACAACUGUAAUGAAACGGCAGUCGAUAUUGAUGAAUGUGCAAUUGGAGAACAUGAUUGUCACCCCGAGGCAUUCUGUCUGAACAACCAUGGGGGUUAUACCUGUGAGUGCAUGCCGGGGCGAGUCGGUAAUGGCACACACUGUCAACAGGCUGCUCUGUGCCAGAUAUCAGGCGAUCCAAACUACAUGACCUUCGACGGAGCGACUUAUAGAUUCCAAGGAGCCUGUAAAUACACCAUGGUCAGCUAUGAUGCGUUGAGAGGCAGAGAGUUUACGGUAGAGGUGGGUAACGAGCACCGUGAGCACGAUACCUCGGCCUACGUCAACUACGUCUCAGUGACGUUUGAUGGACAUACGGUGGAACUUCUCCGCGGACGAGGACUCAGGGUUGAUGGCAUUGUCCAUAACAUACCAGCAAGAGUCAGUCGUAAUCUUGAGGUGAAGUUCUUCGGGAACUAUGUCCUAGUGACAACAGCAACCGGUCUCAGAGUCAUAUACGAUGGAUGGCAUCUAGUCCAGGUAAAACUGCCGUCAGAUGACUUCCUGGGUGAAGUGAGUGGUCUGUGUGGCAACUUUAACGCGGAUCCCGAAGAUGACCUUGAGAAGCCGGACGGCACCCAGGCUGCGUCAGUUGCCGAGUUCGGGGAAAGCUGGCUGACAUCAGACCAAGAUGCGGCCAGCUGCGUGACUCCUGAAGGAGACCCUCUGGACGGCUGCGAUGUUGAAGCAGCAGAAACCCGCUGUGCUAUCUUGCUGGAUCCGGAUGGACCAUUUGCCAAUGGUUUUGAUACAAUCGACAACGGGGUUUAUUUUGAGGCCUGUGUCCGUGACCUGUGUGUGUACGCGGAUGUGCCCGAUGAUACCGUCCGGUGUUUUGAGUUGGCAGCCUACGCUGCCAUAUUGAGUGAGGCACAGGUGACUUUACCACCCUGGAGAAGCGAGAGUCUAUGCCCCUUAACCUGUGGAGAGAAUGAACAUUACGAUCCCCACGCCACCCUUUGUACACCAACGUGCGCGGAGCCGAACCCGGGACCAUGCGUGUUCCCGACCCGGCCGAGAUGUGUGUGCAAUGAAGGUUACCUACGAAGCGGUUUAGAGUGCGUUCCCGUUGACCAGUGUGGAUGUUGGGAACGAGGCUAUUACUACAAACUUGAUGUACCAUGGUACGACAAUGGUUGCCGAGCAUGCGGGUGUGGGAAAAGGCCGGACGGUACCGCGGUGAUCGGGUGCCGGGCAACAACCUGCCACAACCAAGCCACCUGUGGGCUGAAGGAUGGCGUGCAGGGCUGUCACUGUAAUGACGGGCUGUUCGGAGAUGGGGUUGAUGUCUGCGCACCUGAACCACCGCAGUGCGAACCUGGCUAUACUCUCGUGAACGGACGGUGCCUCCUUGUAGAAGAGCGCGGAUGGACGUACAGCGAGGCCCGGGCAGAGUGCGCAGCUGUAGGCGGCCGCUUGGCUGUGGUCAACUCGGAACAUCUUCACGAGCUCGCUGUGAAAAUAAAGAACAGGAUCAGCGCAAAACAUAACUUUUGGAUAGGGUACAAUGACAUUGAUGUCGAGGGCACGUUUGUGGGAGAAGACGGCCUGGCGCUGGGCAGCUGGAACAAGUGGACCCCGACCGCCCCACACGAGGACGGUCCGGACUGUGUCCUGUACCUGUCAGACCGGGACCACGCCUUCCCGAACAUGUGGUCGGACAGAGACUGUGAGACUCGUCACGGCUACCUCUGUGAAAAGGAGGUUGACGAGUGCAGCAAUGCAGACUGGAAUGACUGUCACGUAAAUGCGCAAUGCUAUAACACCUACGGGAGCUACAGGUGUCGCUGCAAUGUGGGCUACAUUGGCGAUGGCAUAAACGAGUGUUUGGGGUACGCAACAUGCCGGAUUCAUGGAUCUGGCCCGUACUUCAUCUCGUACGAUGGUCUGGAGACAGUCUACCGCGGUGGGUGCGACAUCAUCGUCAGUCGGUACACAGGCAAUGAUCCAAAUCUGGAGCAGUUUUCGGUGAUUGUGCACAAAAAACGAGCUGAUGAAGGAAAUUCCAGGACCUUUCAGGUGUGGUCGGCCACAUUCGUCGUCUACGGAAUCACAAUUCAGUUUUUCGAAGACCGAGUUGUCUGGGUCAACGGGAUCUUGACUUAUCCUGGCUGCUCACCCUCCGACCUUCAUGAGGACAUGUACAUUUACUCCAUCGCUACGGGUGUUGUUAUCCGCACCAGUUUCAUGCGGGUCAUGCUUAGAGGAAAAAGCAAGCUGUACAUCACGGUGUCCGAUGCGUACGCCGGGGUUCUAGACGGCAUGUGCGGCGACCUGAACGGUGACGUAUCAAACGACAACAACAAACCAGAUGGGACAGCUGCUGCUGAUGACAAUGAACUACACAUCAGUUGGGCUGUGGACUCGACCUUGUGUCCUAUUCCGGAUGACCCAAAUCCCGCGUGUGAAACUCCUGAUGAGCAAACGGCUGCUGAGGCAAUAGCGUUCGCGCUAAACCAGGCGGACGUCGCAAGCCCACUUGCGGCGUGCUUUUCAGCGGUAAACCCUGUUCCGUACUUCCUCCAAGCCGUGACGGAUCUCUGCAAUCAUGACCUGGAUGUUUCCUAUUUCUGUGACAUCGCUUCGUCAUAUGUAUUUGCCUGCAAUGCGAAAGAUAUUCAACUCGGAAACUGGCGUGUUCCAACCGAUUGCCCAUUGCCGUGUCCGCAGAACAGCCAUUAUGAGUCCUGCAUGCCAGCGUGCCCUGCUACAUGCAGGGAUAGGGACGCACCCGACUCUUGUGGAUUGCCAUGCAUCGAGGGCUGCGCGUGUGACGAAGGCUUCGUCCUUGGAGGAAACAAGUGCACCGCGGAGGCAGAAUGUGGCUGCACUUAUGGUGGAUACUGGUACCCGGUUGGUUACACGUGGGUCGAACCCGGCUGCACGAGGAAAUGUAGCUGUACGGCCUACGACGACUGGGUCUGUGAGGAUAUGACCUGUGAAGGCCACAUGUACGAGUGUAACGUCGUGGAUGCGGAAUUAGGCUGCAACUGCAAACAAGGAUUCGUGUUCAAUGAAGACACGCAAGAGUGUGAAGUUCCCCCGUGCCCUGAAGGAUGGAUCAAGUUUGAAGGUGCCUGUUAUCAGAUCUUCAACCAGGAGAGGACCUGGUUGGAAGCCCGGGUGAAAUGUAUGGAGUGGGGGGCAACUCUGGUGACGAUCAAACGCCCAUCUGAAGCAAUAUUCAUCAACGCCCAGUGGGGCGGAUGGAGGAGGAAGUAUUGGAUUGGACUAAGUGAUCUGGAUGACGAUGGAGAGGACGGCGAUUUCGAGUGGGCAGAUGGAGCGGCGAUCCAGUGGGAAAACUGGUACAGGAACGAACCGGAGUUCACACAGACUGACGGGGAAGGCAAUAUCCAGCGCUGUGGAGUGAUCAUGCCUGACAAUCGUACGGAUGAGGGGCUUUUAGCAUGGCGAACAGACUUCUGCUACGAGUUGAAGACUUACAUUUGUGAGAGAGAUCUUGAUGUGGAUGAGUGUGAGAAUGGUGUGGCAGUGUGUGAUGAGAACGCCUACUGUGUGAACACACCGGGGUCCUACAAAUGUAUCUGCAAACCUGGCUUCACUUGGGACGAAACGUUUCAGAUAUGUCAAAAGUUUGGACGUUGCCAUGGCAAUGGCGAUCCUCACUUCCAUACGUUUGACGGCAUGACGGUCGACUUCAUGGGCGUCUGUACCUACACACUGUCCAGGACCACUGACAACAGUGUCACUCCGUUCGACAUCAGGACCCGACACGGCCGGAGGAGCGGCAACACUGCCGUCUCCUUCAUCGAUACACUGAUUGUACAGGUCUACAGUGAUGAGAUUGUUUUCCAACGGAGAGGUGGAAUCUACGUAAACGGGCCUCCUGUGAGUCUACCGGUAACACUAAGCUCCGGGGUAGAAAUCUUCAAGUCUGGUCUUCAUAUAAUGAUGACAACCCCAUUUGGACUCCAAGCUGGAUACGACGGAAAAGACAAUGCAUUCGUUGUCCUUCCUGCCCCCUAUAUGAACAAGGUCACUGGUAUUUGUGGAAAUUUCAACCUCAACAAGAAUGAUGACUUUUUAAAGGCGGACGGCACGCUUGCUACAAGUCAGAAUGAGCUAGGAGACAGUUUCCUGAGGGGCCAGGACAUCUGUGUAACGACUGUAGAUGACCCCCGCGCGGACUGUGACAUCUUCGCAAUGUCCGCCCUGUGCUCGGUACUGACCGAUCCUUCCGAGGCCUUUGCACCCUGUCACGACACCGUGGAUCCCGAACCCUUCUUUGACAACUGUGUGUACGACCUGUGCGCCUAUGAUGGGGACACCAGGUGGCUGUGCAAUACUGCCAAAGCCUACGUGGAUGCGUGCAUGGCUGCUGGGGUAGAGAUCUGUGACUGGCGUUCAGACUCCUUCUGUGAAAAGCAGUGCACUCGUAACGCUCACUACACGGGAUGUGAGGCGGGAUGCCCGGCCACCUGUUCUAACCCGUCCGCUCCAGACCAGUGCGGGGUGAGGGCGGAAGGCUGCGUGUGUGACGACGGGUUCUACUUCAGUGGGACCGUGUGUAUUCCGCUGGCUGAGUGUGGCUGCACGGAUGACAGCGGCUAUCACGAAGUUGGUCCAAGGUGGGUUAUUGGCGCUUGCGCACGAGGCUGUAGCUGUGACUCCCCGAACUCAGCUCCAAACUGUGAGGACUGGGGAGAAUGUGCGGACGUGGGCGGAGCGUGUAGAGUCCAGGCAGAUGGGAUUCCGGGCUGCGAAUGCAUCCCUCCGUACACUGGGGACGGCGUAACGUGUGAACCACCGGCAUGUGACGAAUACUGGGAGCUGUACAAUGGCAACUGCUACCGGUACAGCACCCGUCGUGAAGACUACCCGAGCGCCCAGGCUACAUGUGCAGGAUGGGGAGGGACCCUGUGCACACCCAAGAGUCAAGCCGACCAAGACUUCUUGAUUCAGUUGGUCAGGUCAACUGUGGACCAAACAGCAUACAUCGGGCUGGAUGACGAAGAUACAGAGGGUUCGUGGACAUACGUGGACGGGACGGCCUUGGGAUCAUACAGUUAUUGGACUCCAGAUACGACCAAGUAAGACUG